CACCGAGCAGAGCUCCCGUUCACCCUCUACCGGAGAGCUCACCCGCGCGCGCUCCACCCGGUCAUCCACAACCCGACAACUAUCCGCACAGAGGGAGGCGGGAGAACCGUUUCCAGGAGAACCCGAAACGACACGAGCCAUCACUGACACCCGCAGCUGACGAGAGAGAGUUCGCCCGGCGGUCAGCCCGGGUUCAUCCUAACGACACCGACAAAGAUGGACAAAGUUUUAACUUUCAUCGCGAUCGGUGUGGUGCUGCCGGCGCGAGCGCAGGUGUACAAAGGCGAUUGUGACUUCCAGAAACCCUUCACAUCCUGCGGUUACACACAAGGCCGAGAUGACGAUCUGGACUGGGAACAGUUUGACACCAGUGAAAAACCUUCACUGGAUCCGUGGAUGCCACCGGGUGCAGCGUUCAUGAUGGUGAACUCCACGAGCCGUUACGCUGGACAGAAAGCGUUACUCUUCACUCCUCAACUCAAAGAGAACGACACGCACUGCGUCACGUUUCAGUAUUAUGUGUCGGGCAGAGAGGGGGGCAGUCCGGCCCAUCUGAACGUCUACAUCAAAGAGAACAACAGUCCCAUGGGUCUACCAGUGUGGAACACGUCUGGACCCGCCAGCACAAGCUGGAAACCAGUGGAGCUCGCCAUCAGCACAUACUGGCCAAACUUCUACCAGAUCGUCUUUGAAGUGGUGACCUCAGGCCAGCGAGGCUUGCUCGCCAUCAAGGACAUGGUCCUCCAGGGCCAUCAGUGCAUGAACACGCCACACUUUCUUCACAUUAAAGGUGUGGAGGUGAACGCCGGUCAGACGGCCACAUUUCACUGCACUGUCAAUGGAGAGUGGAAAGACAACUUUAACCUCUGGCUGCAGGGUAUUGGUGGUCGUGAAGCUCCUAUGAAGGCGACAAAGCCGUGGAACAACCAGAGAUUCAUCGGCAUGUUUGAUGUGGUCAACACAACUAAACAUGAUUCAGGACGCUACAGAUGCAUCGUUCACUCGAACCGCGGUGUGGGAGUGUCUAACUAUGGAGAACUGACCAUCAAACAGCCUCCGGUUCCAAUCGCUCCUCCUCAGUUGAUGGCGGUGGGUGCCACGUAUCUCUGGAUUCAACUCAACGCCAACUCAAUCAACGGAGACGGACCCAUAGUUAACCGCGAGGUGGAGUACCGCACGGUCUCGGGAACAAUGUACGACCUCCAGCCCGUGGAUAAAACCUCACACAAAAUCGGUCAUCUGGACCCCGACGCCGAAUACGAGAUCAGCGUUCUGUUGACGCGACCGGGCGAGGGAGGAACAGGAGCUCCUGGACCUCCGCUGAGAGCCCGAACCAAAUGUGCAGAGCCCAUGCACGGCCCACGACAGCUCAAGGUUCUGGACAUCAGAUCUCGACAGGUCACCGUUCGCUGGGAACCUUUCGGCUACAACGUGACGCGUUGCCAUAACUACAGUCUGACGGUUCAGUACCGCGCCAGAGGAGGCGGGAAGGAGGAGAGCAGGGAGGAGGCGUCUUAUGACGGCCGUAGCUCCUCCCCCCAGCACACCAUCCGCAACCUCACGCCGUACACCAACCUGAGCGUCAAACUCGUCCUGCGCAACCACGAGGGCGUCAAAGAAAGUCCAGAAAUACACCUUCAGACCGAUGAAGAUGUGCCAGGUGAAGUUCCUCUGGAGUCGAUCCAGGCCAGUGUGUAUGAGGAGAAGAUUGUGUUGAAAUGGAGAGAACCCGCUCACACCUUCGGCAUCAUCACUCAAUAUGAGAUCUCAUUUAAAGCCGUGAGCUCAUUCGAUCCGCUGCUCGAUCUCUCCAAUCAAAGUGGAAAGGUGGAUAAGUUUGGAAACGAGACGAGUCACGUGUUUCUGGGUCUCUAUCCUGGAUCCACAUACUCCUUUACCAUCAGAGCCGCCACGGCCAAGGGUUACGGACCGCCCGCCGUCACACAGGCAACCACAAAGAUCUCAGCUCCAUCAAUGCCACUGUAUGAUCAGGAGACGCCUUUGAACCAAUCAGACAGCAGCGUGACGGUUGUUCUCAAACCCGCUCAGAGCAGAGGAGCUCCUGUCAGUGUGUAUCAGGUGAUCGUGGAGGAGGAGAGGCCUCGGAGAGCUCGAGGAGGUGAAGCAGAAGUUCUCCGCUGUUAUCCUGCGCCGGUUCACUAUCAUAACGCCAGCAGUCUGAACUCACGCUAUUACUACACUGCAGAGUUCCCCCCCGCCGCCGUCCCGUCACCACAACCCUUCACUGUCGGAGACAACCGGACCUACAGCGCGUACUGGAACGCCCCUCUCCUGCCGCACAAGAGCUACAGCAUCUACUAUCAGGCCGUCAGCUCGGCCAAUGGGGAGACGAAGAUCGACUGUGUCCGUGUGGCUACAAAAGCUGCUAUCUUGGUAACACAGCUCACCACGCCUUACGUUCGCAUCGCUCCGGCCGCUGGAGACCACCAGCUAACAGGGGCGGCCACUCACAAACCCAACGCCGUGGAGCCGGAGAAACAGACGGACCACACGGUGAAGAUCGCUGGCGUGAUUGCAGGAGUUCUGCUCUUCAUCAUCAUCUUCCUCGGUGUCGUGCUCCUCAUGAAGAAACGGAGAACGUAUCAGUCCUACACUUACUACCUAAAACUGGCCAAGAAGCGUAAGGAGACUCUGAGCAGCACACGUCAGGAGAUGACGGUGAUGGUGAACUCUAUGGAUAAGAGUUACACUGAACAGGGCACCAGCUGUGAUGAAGCGCUGUCAUUCAUGGACACACACAAUCCCAACACACGCUCUCCAUGUUCUCUCACUGUGAAGAGCAACACAUUAAACAGCAACAUGCCAAAUACAUACUACCCAGACCCGUUUGUGCCCACCGCCAUCUUAGAUGAGACUCAGACUUUGACGAGCGACACCAGCAGUCUGGUGCAGUCACACACACACUCGCUGCGCAAGCGGGAUGCCGUGGACGUGCCGUACCAGACGGGUCAACUACAUCCGGCCAUCCGCGUGGCCGAUCUGCUUCAACACAUCACUCAGAUGAAAUGUGCCGAGGGUUACGGCUUUAAAGAAGAGUAUGAGAGUUUUUUUGAGGGUCAGUCUGCUCCAUGGGACUCGGCUAAGAAGGAUGAGAACCGGAUGAAGAAUCGCUAUGGAAACAUCAUUGCAUAUGAUCACUCACGUGUAAGACUGCAGAAUCUGGACGGCGAGCAGAACUCUGAUUACAUUAAUGCUAAUUAUGUUGAUGGCUAUCACAGACCCAACCACUACAUCGCUACACAAGGACCCAUGCAGGAGACCGUCAUUGACUUCUGGAGGAUGGUGUGGCAGGAGAACACGGCAACCAUCGUCAUGGUGACCAACCUUGUAGAAGUCGGCAGGGUGAAAUGUUGUAAAUAUUGGCCGGAUGACACCGAGAUCUACAGAGAUAUCAAGGUGACGCUGAUCGAGACGCAGCUGCUGUCAGAAUACGUCAUCAGGACGUUUGCUGUGGAGAAGCGAGGAGCCCAUGAGAUUCGUGAAAUCAGUCAGUUUCAUUUCACCGGCUGGCCGGAUCACGGCGUCCCAUAUCACGCAACGGGUCUGCUGGGAUUCGUCCGCAGGGUCAAAGCCAAAUCACCAACUAAUGCUGGACCAAUUGUGGUCCACUGCAGCGCGGGGGCGGGGCGAACCGGCUGCUUCAUUGUGAUUGACAUCAUGUUGGACAUGGCAGAGAGAGAGGGUGUCGUGGAUAUCUACAACUGUGUGAGAGAGCUGCGUUCACGCCGGGUUAACAUGGUCCAGACCGAGGAGCAGUAUGUUUUCAUCCACGAUGCCAUUUUGGAAGCGUGUCUGUGCGGUGACACUACUAUUCCAGCCAAUCAGCUUCGCUCUGUUUAUUACGACAUGAACCGACUGGACCCUCAGACCAACUCCAGUCCAAUCAAAGAAGAGUUCAGGACUCUAAACAUGGUGACGCCCACCCUGCGUGUGGAGGAUUGCAGCAUCGCUCUGCUGCCGAGGAAUCACGAGAAGAAUCGCUGUAUGGACGUCCUGCCGCCCGACCGCUGUCUGCCGUUCCUCAUCACCAUCGAUGGAGAGAGCAGCAACUACAUCAACGGCGCUCUCAUGGACAGCUACAAACAGCCGUCUGCCUUCAUUGUUACCCAGCAUCCUUUGCCAAACACGGUGAAGGAUUUCUGGAGACUGGUUCUGGAUUAUCACUGCACGUCUAUAGUCAUGUUGAAUGACGUGGAUCCAGCGCAGUUGUGUCCACAGUACUGGCCAGAGAACGGUGUUCAUCGUCACGGUCCACUGCAGGUGGAGUUUGUCUCUGCUGAUUUAGAAGAGGACAUCAUCAGCAGGAUAUUCAGAAUAUAUAACGCCGCCCGGCCGCAGGACGGGUACCGUAUGGUUCAGCAGUUUCAGUUUUUGGGUUGGCCGAUGUACCGGGACACACCUGUGUCCAAACGCUCGUUCCUCAAACUCAUCCAUCAGGUGGAUAAAUGGCAGGAGGAAUAUGAUGGAGGCGAGGGCCGCACCGUAGUACACUGCCUGAAUGGAGGGGGUCGCAGCGGGACGUUUUGUGCCAUCAGUAUCGUCAGUGAAAUGUUGCGACAUCAGCGUUCGGUCGACGUGUUUCACGCCGUUAAAACCCUGAGAAACAACAAACCCAACAUGGUGGAUCUGCUGGAUCAGUACAAGUUCUGCUAUGAAGUGGCUUUGGAGUAUCUGAACUCAGGCUAACACAACCAGACCGUGUGUGUGAGUGUGUGAGUGCGUGAGUGCGUGCAUGCAUGCGUGUGUGUAUGUGUAUGUGUGUACAGUCAGCUUGUAUAUCUUUACAUAUAUAUAUACAAUUAUCCAGCUGUGAUACAUCAAAACUCUAAUUAAGCUCCAUUCUCUUUUAACAUGCCGAUGAUGUCACUUCCUGUCACACCUCCGUCAGAUGUUUGGCUCUCUCUCUCUCUCUCUCUCUCUCACUGAAGUCCAGUUUUGCUGAAGAUUGUUUAGAUGUCGUUUUAGAAGGUGUUUGUUUUGUUUAUAUGGAACGAUGUGGAUGUUUUUUCAGAAUCGGAUGAUUCAGUCAGAUGAUCAGACGUGUGUUUGUGAAGCCGACACAUCAGACUCAUUUGCUCUCCAUCAUUGAUCACUGGAUGAAUUACAGCGGACAUAAAACUGCAAAUAGAGACUUUUAUUGAGUUCACACACCAUAAUAGAACACAGAAUGAUGUAACCAUCAUGAGGUCAUCACAUGCUGUGAUCCAAAGCUUUCUGUCUUUACUUGCCUUUCUUUACUUUUUCAUUUCAUUUUCUUAUUUUUGCACACCCAUUUUUUAUAUUGUUUGUUUAUACUGUAAAUAUGAAGUCUUGUGUGAUAUUUAUUCAGGACAAUCAUACUGUAAUGAGUUCAUAUUGUUUGAAGAAAUAUAUAUACUGUAUGGAUCAAUAAAUGCC